CGUUGAGAUUCCUCUAGGCAAGCGCGGCUGGCCGCGCCGUGCUGCGCAUGAGCGGAGCGGCACUCAGGGCGGAAGUAGGAGCCACUGCUGGGAGGUGGGGCCGCAGAGCUCGCUGUGAGGUGGGCGAGCGGCCGACAUGGCGCGCUCCCGAAGUCUAAUGGUUUCCCUGGCAGUCUUGGUGCUGUUGCUUUGGAGUGCUCCCUGGACCCACGGGCGGCGAAGCAACGUGCGCGUCAUUACGGACGAGAACUGGAGAGAGUUGCUGGAAGGAGACUGGAUGAUAGAGUUUUAUGCCCCGUGGUGCCCUGCUUGUCAAAAUCUUCAACCAGAAUGGGAAAGUUUUGCUGAAUGGGGAGAAGAUCUCGAGGUUAAUGUUGCAAAAGUAGAUGUCACAGAGCAGCCAGGACUGAGUGGACGGUUUAUCAUAACUGCUCUUCCUACUAUUUAUCAUUGUAAAGAUGGUGAAUUUAGGCGCUAUCAGGGUCCAAGGACUAAGAAGGACUUCAUAAACUUUAUCAGUGAUAAAGAGUGGAAGAGUAUCGAACCUGUUUCAUCAUGGUUUGGUCCAGGUUCUGUUUUGAUGAGUAGUAUGUCAGCACUCUUCCAGCUAUCUAUGUGGAUCAGGACUUGCCAUAACUAUUUUAUUGAAGACCUUGGAUUACCGGUUUGGGGAUCAUAUGCCGUUUUUGGUUUAGUAACUCUCAUUUCAGGACUGUUAUUAGGACUCUGUAUGAUAUUUUUGGCAGAUUGUCUUUGUCCUUCAAAAAGGCGCAGACCACAGCCAUACCCUUCAAAAAAAAUAUUACCAGAAUCUUCUCAACCUUUGAAAAAAGUGGAGGAGGAACAAGAGGCUGAUGAAGGAGAUAUUUCAGAAGAGGAAGCUGAAAGCAAAGAAGGAACAAGCAAAGACUUGCCACAGAAUGCCAUAAGACAGCGCUCUCUGGGUCAAUCUUUGGCCACAGAUAAAUCUUAGUUAAUUUUUAUAGUUAUCUUAAUAUUAUGAUUUUGACAAAAACAAGAUUGAUCAUUUCUUUUGGUUUAAAGUGAACUGUGACUUGCUUAUAUAUUCCAAGGUUCGGUCUAAAUUGUCAUUAGAUUGAACGGUCUACAUUCAGAAAAUAAAAGCACUAGGUAUAAUUUGAAAUAUGAUUUAAGAACCAUAUGGUGGUUUAAGCAACUUUUUAAUUUUUGAAAAAAUCUGGUGCCAAGCAAUAAGAUUUGUGUAUAUUUGUUUAAUAAUAACCUAUUCCAAGUCUGAGUUUUAAAAAUAUACAUUUCCCAAGUAUUGCAUUAUUGGGGUAUUUAAGAAGAUUAGAGAAAAAGAUUUCUCAUUUGAUAUAAUUUUUCUUGGUUUCACUGUGUGAAAAAAAGAACAUAUUUCCCAUAAAUGGGAACUUUGCCCAUUAUCUCAAAAAAUAUGUAUUUCAGUGACAACUCUGGUCUUUUUAGAGAUGUAAUCCAAAAUUUCCUCAUUUUUAGAUUAUGUAACUAAUAAAAACUACUUUAAUUACAGUUUUCUGCACAUGAUAGUACUGGACAUGCUAUUGAUUUUGGAAGUUUUUAUAAGUUCAUGAUAUCCUCUUGAUUACUAUAAAGGUUUGCCCUUUUUUGUUCAGUUUAUGGUUUAUAUUUUUCUUAUUUGUCAUGGGUUACAUUUUUAAUUUUUCAAAAUGGAUGAUAAUUUCCUGGAAAUGUUUUUCAUGUUUUGGUGACAGUACUUCUUGUUAUUACAAACUGAAGUUUACAGAGAGAUCCAUCAAACUGAGCUAUCUGUAGAUAAUUUGAAAUUAUGAAGUAGCCAUUCACUUCAGAUUUUAUGUCAUUCUUAUUGAACUUUUUUUUUUUUUGGAUGUGAAGUAAACAUUCCUGAUUUUUAUUUGAUGUGGAAAAACCUUGGUAUUUUACAUUUUGAAAAUUCACAGUAACUUAAUUUGAUACAAAAUAAAGUUUGCAUUGUACUCAGGAAAAAGCAUCUUCUAGUAUAAGUUUAAAUGUAUCUUUGUCCUCAUAUAUAGGAAGUUCUUAAUUGAUUUUGUCUGUAUGCUUGAUAUUUAAAAAUCAUAACAUUUUUAUCUUUUAAAAAGACAAACUUCAUAUUUCACUGUUCUUUCUUGACUGCUAGUAUUGUGUGGUAUUUCUCAGGUGGAAAUCAGCAGGAUGGAACAUUUAGUGUAUUUUCACUCCUUAAAGAGUUAGAACAUAUAUUUUUCACCGUACAGCCAGGGUAGGGGUGCCGUGGAGAACUGCAUUAGGCACCAGAAUGGGAAAAAUCAUAAAUGCUCACAGUGAUCCACUGACCAUUUUGUAAUGGAUGAUUUCUGUAAUGUCCCCCUUUUUCAAGGUUCUUUUGCUGUGUAAAUCUAUUAGACUUACAGAAUCAUAGUGUAAUACAGUUUUCUUUAAAAGUCUCUCCUUUAGAAUAUUAAAUAUUCUGCCAUUGAA